AGCAACCACAGCAACACCAUCAGCCACCACAGCAGGUAUUUGUGCCUGUUGCGAAUAAUGGACCUGCUGGGCCCUCUUCUGGGGCUGUCGGUAACAAUGGACCAAUGGUGGACAAGGUGAUGCAGAUUCCGCCACAGAUGCAGCCCCCACCGUUGGUAUCGCCACCGCCGAUGGAAAGCUUCGAUGACGGGGAAGCAGAAUACGAGGGGCCGCACGAUCACAAUGCUGAUCAAGGGCUCGCGGCGCUAAGGGACCCACCGGAUGGACAGAAACCUUUUUAUCCGUAUUCGACGCUUAUUAGAUAUGCUAUAAAGGGAUCACCGGAAAGCCGUCUACUGCUCGAAGACAUUUAUGCUGCAAUUGAAAAACGAUUCCCUUACUUUACCACUGCUCCUGCAGGCUGGAAAAACUCGGUCCGACACAACCUCUCCCUCAAUCCUUGCUUUGAGAAAGUCGCUCGUCCCCUUACGGAUCGUGGGAAGGGUGCAUACUGGACCGUCAACGACAGGGUAGAUCCUAAAUCGAGUUCACACCGCGAUCGAAAAAAGAAACGUCGAAGAGGCUCAGAGGGAUCUACGGGUGAUUCAGCCGGAAGGAGUGGCCAGCAGUUGCAUAUUCCCGGUGCGCCCCCUGGCGCUAUCCCGGGUAGUCCGGGGAUGGUACCCGCAGGUAUGGUGCCAGGUGCUGGAGUGGCGGGGCCGUCAGGUACGAAUGGGAUGCCCCUACCCGGGCAACCGAUUAUGUUACCGCCGGGGGCGGAAGUUCCGAAGGAUGGCGCGAUGCCGUUUAUGGCGCCGUUGUUUGACGCUGAAGGGAACCGAAUCGCAUUCGCUGCUUGGCCAGGGUUCGGGCAAGGUGGAUUCCCCAUGAUGGCGGCUGGCGGAAAUAUGAAAUAUGUCCUAGAUCCUAACGAGGAUGAGUUGACGCCCGAAUUUGACGAAGAUGGACAGCCGAUAUGGCGGACAAUAUGGCUAAAUGAGUUGGUCAAACUUCGGCGAGCAACGUACGAGCAGGACUCGACAACUGCCAAUCCGGAGUGGUAUCGCGCCAUGGUGGAACGCGUUCGUGCUGCCUUUCUUCAACCAGAGGGAUACAUGGAAGAAGGUGAAGAGCAAGAUGAGCAUUCCCGAGAGGAGCAGGUUGCUCCUCAAUGACGUACCAGCUCAAGCACGUUUGUUUUGGUCAAGCUCUCUCGUAGUCAUCUUGUAUUUUAAUCGGAGCCACUUGGUGUCAUUCUUCCUGCCAGGGCGAGUGGCUGUAAUGUGUAUCCAGUAUGUAUGUAUCGACCUAUUCUUUGAUAGUGGGGCUUCAUCGCUUGGAAUACAAUCCUAACUGAUGCUGCCGCGCAGGAUUCUUCGCGAGGAC